AUGGCGUCACUCCGGCGAGCCUGGCUGCUCAAGGCCCGAUGGGGCCUCGGCAUUCGAUGCACUUCUAGCGUCGCCGACGGGGCUCAGGCGUGGGAGACGCGGGCUCGCAAGGAGGCCAAGGGCAAGGAUCCCUACGAGACCUUCGGAUCUACCAAUCAGGAUGGGAUCCCGCAAAAGCCGGUCUACACUGCGGCAGACAUCGCCGACAUUUCCGGCCUUGACACCGAGUAUCCAGGGGUGUACCCAUUCACUCGUGGGCCCUACGCCAGCAUGUACACGGGCCGCCCCUGGACCAUCCGCCAGUAUGCCGGGUUUAGCACUGCAGAAGAAUCCAACGCCUUUUACAGGAAAAACCUGGCAGCCGGGCAGCAGGGCGUCAGCGUGGCCUUUGACCUGGCCACGCACCGUGGCUACGACUCAGACCACCCCCGCGUGGCCGGCGACGUGGGCAUGGCAGGCGUGGCCAUCGACAGCGUGGAGGACAUGAAGGUCCUGUUUGACGGCAUCCCCCUGGACCGCAUGAGCGUCAGCAUGACGAUGAACGGCGCCAUCCUGCCCGUCAUGGCCAUGUUCAUCGUGGCCGCGGAGGAGCAGGGGGUGGCCCCUGCCGCGCUCAUGGGCACCAUCCAGAACGACAUCCUCAAGGAAUUCAUGGUGAGAAACACAUACAUAUACCCCCCGCGCCAGUCCAUGCGCCUCAUCGGCGACAUAUUCGCCUACUGCGCCAAGCACGUGCCCAAGUUCCACCCCAUCUCCAUCUCGGGCUACCACAUGCAGGCACGGGGCGGCUUGUCCAUGAGCAGUGCCACGCCCACCCUCGAGCUGGCCUACACCCUGGCAGACGGGCUGGAGUACCUGCGCUGCGCGCGGGACGCGGGGCUGAGCGUGGACGACGUCGCGCCACGCCUCUCCUUCUUCUUCGCCAUCGGCAUGAACUUCUUCAGCGAGGUCGCCAAGCUGCGGGCCGCCCGCCGACUCUGGGCCCGUCUCGUCAAGGAGAAAUUCUCCCCCAAGGACGAGAAGUGCCUGGCCCUGCGCACCCACUGCCAGACUUCGGGCUACUCCCUGACUGCCCAGGAGCCACACAACAACAUCAUCCGCACCACCGUCGAGGCCAUGGCGGCGGUGCUCGGCGGCACACAGUCGCUGCACACCAACUCCUUUGACGAGGCCAUCGCCCUGCCCACCGACUUCUCGGCGGGCCUGGCGCGCAGCACGCAGCUGAUCCUGGCGGAGGAGACGGGGAUCUGCGACGUGGCCGAUCCGCUGGGCGGCUCCUACUACGUGGAGCGCCUGACGGCGGAGAUGGAGGCGCGCGCCGGCGCGCUGAUUGACGAGGUGGAGGGCAUGGGCGGCAUGACCGAGGCCAUCGUGGCGGGCCUGCCCAAGCUGAAGAUCGAGGAGUGCGCGGCGCGGCAGCAGGCCCACAUCGACGCCGGGCGGCAGGUCAUCGUCGGCGUGAACAAGUACGCCAAGGAGGGCGACCAGGGAGAGGCGCUGGACGUGCGCAAGAUCGACAACACUGCCGUCCUUCGCGCCCAGAAGGCCCGCCUGGAGGCGGUGCGGACGUCGAGGGACGGAGCCGCCGUGGAGGCGGCGCUGGCGGCGCUCGAGGCGGCGGCCUCCACUGUGGACCGGGAGGAGCACAACCUGCUGGACCUGGCCGUCAAGGCGGCGCGGGCGAGGGCCACGGUGGGCGAGAUCUCGGACGCCCUGGAGCGGCCCUGGGGCAGAUACGCGGCGGCAGGUGACAUGGCGACGGGGACGUACGCCGCCUCCUUGGGCGACGAAGGUCGGGAGGAGGCAGCGGCCUGCGCCGCGGCGGUGGCGCGCUUCGAGGCAGUUGCCGGGCGCCGGCCGCGCAUCCUGCUCGCCAAGAUGGGCAUGGACGGGCACGACCGCGGCGCCAAGGUCAUGGCCACGGGGCUGGCAGACCUGGGCUUCGAUGUGGACAUCGGCCCCCUGUUCAUGACGCCGGCGGAGGUGGCGAGGGCAGCAGUGGACGCCGACGUGCACGUGGUGGGCGUCUCUUCCCAGGCGGCAGGGCACACGACCCUGGUCCCUGCCCUUAUGCACGAGCUGAGGGAGGCGGGGAUGCAGCACGUCCUGGUGGUGGUGGGCGGCAUCAUCCCCGAGCAGGUGACAUGGGACCACGCUGCGCUGCUGGAGGCGGGCGUGGCCGCCAUCUAUGGCCCGGGAACCCGCGUGCCCUCAGCAGCCCUGGGUAUGCUCGGCCUCCUGAUGCCCGAGCAGGAUCGGGGCACGGCACACUCCUGA